AUGCAAGAGGCCAGACCAUCAGUUGAAGAUCUGGCAUUAGCUCUGCACGAGCAUAUCUUUACCCAGCCCCAAGAAAGAUUCGCGAACCUGCCCUGGGAGUUGGUCAAGGCCAUAGAGGCCUUCGCACAGAACAAGCGGAUGAUGAUUUCCAAAGAGAACAAAUUGCAGCCGCCUCCGAAGAAAAUAAUCGAAUUCGGUACCUAUGUUGGUAACUCCGCCAUCGCCUGGGGCGCGAUUCUACGCGUCCUGCAUGGUGAGAAUGUGCACGAUUGCAACGUAGCUCGAGACCUUAUACAUCUCGCUGGGCUGGAAGACCUCGUUCGUGUCCUGGAGGAGCCUGCUGCGGAGUCACUCAAGAAAUUGCAUACAGAGGGAAAGGUGAAGGCGGCGGCAGUGGACAUGGCUUUCUAUUUGCGUGGCUUGCAGCUCUGUGAAGAUCUCAAGCUGUUCCACAAAGGGCCUGUGGUCAUUGCGGACAAUACCGACAUUCCUGGAGCUCCUGACUAUCUGGCUUAUGUCAAGGCUGGAGGUCGAGGAGGGAAGGGGACUGUUCGGUAUGAUAGUCCGUCAUUGGAAGCGGUAGCGGAAGAGGGUCACCCGAACAUUGUCGAGGUUAGCACUGUCGUCGAUAUUGAUUCCUAG